GGUUGCGCCAACUCGGAUAGGAUGUUGCCACUAGCAGCAUUGAUGCAUAGGCUUUUUCAGAACAAAAAUAUAUUUCUUGAGGAUCCGGCACUGUUGGACGAAUAACAACAACAACAACAACGCAUUUUGCAACCCUUGAUUGGAAGGAACACAACGUUGCGAGAAUUUUACAUUUUGUGUAUUCUGACUGUUGACAAUGCAAAGUGGAAGCGAGCGGGUUUGCAGAAUUUUCAAGCGUCUUCUAAUUUCAGCUAGUAGGAGCAGUAGGAGCAAAAACAAGAACCAUGGCUAGGCCUCGCAGAUACAUUCAGUCGUUCAGCAACCUGACAACAAGACAGUUUAGAAUAGGCACAAAGUUGAGGUUUGUGAGAAACUCGUAACAUUCGUCAUUCUUGCCAGCAGUUAGCAAGCAAACAUUGCUUAAUGGAUGGUGUUGCUAAUUAACGUUAGCUAGCUACAGUUGACUAAAUAGGUAACUAACUAUCAGUCUAGUGUGUGUGCCUGUAUCACAUUCAGAUAAAGCAGCUAGCUAUCGGUUGCCAACUUGCAAACGAGGUCGCUACGUACGGCUAGUUAACUGUUAACCUGGGUUGAUUCCGUUAUUCCCUCUCCAAUAUACAGUAAUAGGCAGAGAAAGGCAAUUUUUAGUAAAACGUGCGUGUGUGGGGGGGGUCGCCUGUCACUGCCAGUGGGACUGGGCGUGGAACAACACUACUAGCUAGCUACAGUAGCUGGUUCCAUAGGAUUAUUUGCAAGAAGUCGUCGACUGCUGGGUGAAUGUGGGACAAAAUGGAGACGCCAACGAUUGUGUACGAUUUGGAUACCUCUGGGGGUUUAAUGGAGCAAAUUCAAACACUGCUCGCACCACCCAAGUCAGAGGAUGGCGAAAAAAGGAGUCGGAGGAGUGAAAGGGACGUUCGGAGAAAGAGCAGGGCCACCAACCACGAUACCUGUGAUAGUUGUCAUGAGGGAGGGGACCUUCUGUGUUGUGACCAUUGUCCAGCCGCCUUCCAUCUACAAUGCUGUAACCCACCAUUGAGUGAAGAAAUGCUGCCCCCUGGUGACUGGAUGUGUCAUCGCUGCAAUGUUCGUAGAAAGAAGCGGGAGCAGAAGGCUGAGAGGACAAAUGGCCUGCUGGAGAGGGAGAGGCUCUUCUCCAAGCGCUCCUCCCCUGCAGCUGAACUGGAGCGGGGCACCACCACUAUUACCACCACCAUGCUGCGUCUGGACAGGCUGCCCCCCGGGGUCGGAGCAGCUGGACCCGGCCUGCGGGUGGCUGCCGUGCAUCUCGAGCGUCUGGAUCGCCUUGAGCGGCGGGCCAGCAGCCGCCCUGGCACGCCCACUUCCAACACCUCUUCCACGGACACGGACACCCCCUCGGAGGAGCAGAACGAGGUAGGCAAGGAGAUGGCCAAGGCAGAGGAGGUGGAGGUCCGGGGCUCAGAAUCUGAGCAAGCCACCACCACCCCUACUUCCACACCACUGCUCCUCAAGAGGCCCUUCCAGCUGCUCAUCGCCGCCGCCAUGGAGCAGAACCCCUCGCAGUUCCAGCUGCCCAACGAACUCGCCUGCACCACCGCACUGCCAGGCAGCAGUAAACAGAGGAGGAAAGAGGAGCUGAUCAUGAAGACUUUCAGAAGGCCACAGCAUGAGAUGGACCCCAACGGCCUCGUUCCUCUGCCAGUCAGGGUGUGCUUCUCCUGCACCAGGAGCUGCAGAAUGGCGCCCCUGGUUCAGUGUGACUAUUGCCCCCUGCUCUUCCACAUGGACUGCCUGGACCCCCCACUUACUGCCAUGCCCACAGGCAGGUGGAUGUGCCCCAACCAUAUGGAGCACUUGGUGCUGAACCAGAGGAGCCUGUCCCUUACCAGCCGCUGCCAGCUCUUAGACCAGUUCCAGGAUAGGAUAUCCCAGCAUGCUGUCAAGGUGGGCUUCCUGCGACGGGUCCACCGACAGAAUCCCCCUGUCCGCAGUGGUGUCCACCACAAGACGAAGGUGCUCAAGGUGCCCGACGCUAUUAAGUCCCAGUACAAGAACCCCCCUGCCAUGUUGGCUCCUGCAGGGGUGCGUAACGGGGAGCUGAUCUGUAAUGGUGUCCCAUCCCAGGACUGCUCCCCUCAGCAUUUUACCAGCCAAGCGGAGCAACAGGAGUGGCUUCGAGAUGUCAUCUCGCUGCAGUGCAGUAUCAUGCGACAUUUAUCUGGCAAGCAGAAGUCCUCGUCAGACUGGCACUCUGAACAGACAAACAGGGAACAGAAAGACAUUAAGCUCCGUGUGGCCCUAGAGGAGAACAGCUCUCUGCCCCUUGCAGAAAGGACAGCUUCAGCCCUGCCUGCCCCCUGCUCUAAGCCCUGCAGUACAUCUGAUGGCCCCCAGGGGGCCCAGGUAUUGAAGGGUCUCUCGCAAGGCCAGGAGAGCUGCAGCUGCCCGGUGAGGCCAUGUCAGAACUGUCUGAAGUGCAGGAAACCCAACGGGCCCCUGACUGAGCAGCCUGUGCAAGCCAACGGACCAGUAGUGUGUAACGCUGCCUCUGACGCCUGCAAACAGACAGAGCUCCAGCUGCACAGACUCACCUCCCCAGCCCCACUCCCAACCUCUGCUCUGGGGAUGCCAAACCACCUGAGAGGAGGGGUGGAGGUUAAAACUGAGAAGGGCAGCCACCUAGAGUCUUGCACCCAGAAAGGUUGUCCACCUUCUUUGAUGUGUGCAGCCACAGGGCAGGACAUAAAGAGCCAGGCCCACGGGACUCCUUCAGGCAUGGCAGGGACUCAGGCUAACCCUCUGAGCUGCUGCAGUGAGCUGAAGCUCUGCCCCAGCCCCACCCCAGGUGUCCAUGUCUUCACCCCACCCAGAGCCGUCAAAGACUCCAGCACAGCAAGACAGCCGACCACCACACCUCCCGGUUUCUCCCCAGGGACAGAUCUUAAGGGCAGCUCCAUGUUCCCCAGCUCUCUCUUCCCCUUAAUAGCAGACCUGUCUGGUGGCAUGAAGGCUGUGAUGGAAGCGGAUGGAGAGAUCGAACUGAGUAAACUGGAUGAGGAGUUGGUGAAACUCCUGGCCUGGCAGAGGAUACAGCAGCUGUUCCCCCACAAAGCACCCCCAGUCCCCCAAGGCAGCGGUCUAGCUGCUUCCUCUCCUCCCACCGUCUCCCUCAAACCUCAAUCUCCCGCGCCGUGCACAGAGGAAGAACAGAAGGUGCAGGCGAGAGCAACGUUCUAUCCACUCAUGGGGAAGGGAGGAGCCAUCAACAUGUCUUAUAGGACCCUGUACAUAGGAGCUGGUGCUGACAUGGACGUGUGCCUUACAAACUAUGGUCAUUGUAAUUAUGUAUCUGGAAAACACGCCUGCAUCUUUUACGACGGGAACACCAAACACUACGAGCUGCUCAACUACAGUGAGCAUGGGACCACGGUGGACAACGUGCUCUACUCCUGUGACUUCUCUGAGAAGACUUUGCCUAGCCCGGCCAGUGGCCUGGUGUCCAAGGUGCAGGGCAUUGUCCGCCGCUGUAAGAUGAGGCAGCAGCAGCAGGAGGAGGGGACCGAGGCUGGGCACAGGACUGUUAUGAUGCCAUUGGAGGGAAUGAUGAGCUGCCAGCCCCAGGGAGGACCCAGGCUCUCCUGCAACUGCAAAGCCAGCAGUUCCAGCCUGAUCGGUGGCAGCGGGGCUGGCUGGGAGGGCACAGCGCUGCUCCACCAUGGCAGCUACAUCAAACUGGGCUGCAUGCAGUUUGUCUUCAGCAUUGUUGAGUUCGCCAGUAAGCAGCCUAAAGAAGAGGGAUCCACUGGCACUGCCAAUACCACCCCCAACCAAGAGGGGGCAGACAAACAGACUAUCAAACUCCACCAAUUGCAACUCUGUGCCAAAGCCCAAACUCUCCCUUUCUCAUCUAUUUCUAGUCAAACCUAAGGGGAGCAGGUUGUUACACAGGAAAAAUAUAUAUUUUAAUUUAUUUUGUUUAUACUUUUGCAUGAAAUUAAGUAUCUCAAAUCUGUUUAUUUAGAUUGACUUACUGAAGAGUAUUUGUCACUUAUGUUUGCCAGUCUAGUUCUACAUGUAUGUACAGUACCAGUUAAAAGUUUGGACACCUCAUUACAGGGUUUUUCUUUAUUUGUACUAUUUUCUACAUUGUAAAGUAAUAGUGAAGACAUCAAAACUAUGAAAUAACACAUGGAAUCAUGUAGUAACCAAAACAAAUUCUUCAAAGCCAUCCUUUGCCUUGAUGACAGCUUUGCACACUCUUGGCAUUCUUAAUUAAAAAUUAAGUUGUAAAAUUUC